GAGUUUAACGGUCUUCUGACUGAUGCUCUUUCAACGACUAACAGAAAUCAUCCCCUCUCUUCACCAAACAUUCGGUCGAGUUAGAAACUCUCAGAAACACUGAUUUACUCAUUAAAUGAGUCGGUCUGAUAAGAUUUAAAACUUAUUUAAAAGCUGUAGGUAACUUUUGAAGUCUUAUCAUCUUGUCAUUUCGGCGUGAAAAUGGUGAAGUGCGGACUUUUGUCUCAGAGAAAUGAGCCAGUGCCUCUGAAGAGCAUCUCAGUGGAGGUUCGGGUUCAGGAUCAUGUAGCCACAGUCUCCUCCACUCUGCAGUAUGUGAAUGAGGAAGAGCGCCCCCUGGAAGCCUUGUUCGUCUUCCCUCUGCCUGCUGAUGCUGCUGUCUGCCACUUCAGUGCCAAGAUCGGAGAGCAGGAGAUUGUGGCAGAGGUGCAAGAAAGAGAAACCGCGAGGGAUCGUUAUGAUGACGCUGUGAGUUCGGGUCAGCAGGCGUUUCUGUUGGAAGAGAGCGAAGAGAGUCCUGAUGUGUUCAGACUGAGUGUCGGGUGUCUGUCGCCGGGUCAGAACGCUGCCGUCACCAUCAUCUACGUCACCGAGCUCGCUGUGCAGGCCGACCACUCGCUGCGCUUCUGUCUGCCGGCUGUACUCAACCCCCGAUACACACCAGCAGGUUCAGUUGCUGGUAUAGUCUCAGAGAUUUCAUCAGGAUGUGGAUCUGUUCCCUACACGCUGACUCUCAGUGUCCAUGUGAGCUCUCCAAAGCCCAUCUCCAAACUAGAGUCCAGCUGCACUCUGGAUCCUCUAGUGUUCCUCCUCUCUGAUCACACUCAGGCGACGGUGAAUCUGAGUCCUGGUCACAUGUUCGAUAAGGAAUUUGAGCUGUUUGUGUACUAUCAGGAUACCCAUCAGCCCUCUGCUAUAGUGGAGGCAGGAGUGAACACUGCCCCAUCAGGCUCUCUGAUGAGGGACCCAGUGGUCAUGAUAAGUUUGUUCCCAGAGUUUCCAGAGGAUGUGAUGUCAUCACUGACAACUCAAGGCGAGUUUAUUUUUGUGGUUGACAGGUCAGGCAGUAUGUACUGCAUGAUGCAUCGUGGUAAAGGAGCACAGAUGCGCAUUGAAAGCGCAAAGGACACUCUGCUGUUACUGUUGAAGAGUCUGCCCAUGGGAUGCUACUUCAAUAUCUAUGGAUUUGGCUCUAAUUUUGAGUCCUUUUACCCUCAGAGUGUCGAGUACAAUCAGAAAACAAUGGAUCAGGCUCUGAAGAAAGUGAAGAAAAUGCAAUCAGACUUGGGCUGCACCAAGAUUUUAGAGCUUCUAAAACACAUCUACAGUCAGCCCUGUUACCCAGACCACCCCAGACAGCUGUUCAUCUUCACUGAUGGAGAGGUGGAGAACACUAAAGAGGUGCUGGACCUGGUGAAACAUCAUGCUCACUCUCACAGGUGUUUCUCAUUCGGGAUUGGUGAGGGUGCAAGUACCGCCCUCAUCACAGGAAUGGCCAGGGAGGGAUCUGGUCACGCUCAGUUCAUCACAGGCACCGACCGCAUGCAGCCUAAAGUGAUGCAGUCCCUCAGGUUUGCGCUGCAGCCCGCUGUGGUUAAUAUCUCUGUGGAUUGGACCCUUCCAGAUGGCAUUACUGUUGACACACUGUCUCCACACUUCAAUGUGCUCUUCCAGGGUCAAAGGUCACUCAUUUAUGCCCAACUUAAAGGAGAGAGUUCAGGAGGCUCUGAGGGAACAGUGACAGUCAAAUACAGUCUUAAAGAUCAACCAGUAACAAACCAGCUCCACUUCUGCCUCAAACCAACUGAGGAAACAGGGUUGGCCGUCCACCGGCUGGCGGCUUGGACCCUGAUCCGUUCUCUGGAGCAGGAGGAGAGGUCAGGUGAUGCAGAUGUUGAGAGCGUCAGGAGCAGGAUAGUGGAGCUCAGUGUUCAGGCAGGAGUGAGCAGUGUUCAUACAGCCUUCAUUGCCAUUAACAAAGACAGCAGACAGACUGUGAAAGGACCCCUGCUGCAGAGAAGAGUGCCCACACAAGCGACACAAUAUGCUCAGCCACUGCCUUUUAUAAGCUUUGGUGCACCGCUGUUGGUAUGCAGUUCGAUGCCAAUGCAGGGGUUUUCUUCGGGAGCUCCAUUUGCCACACAAUAUGCUCAGCCACUGCCUUUUGGAGGCUUAGGUUCGCCGUGGUUGGAACGCAGUUCGAUGCCAAUGCAGGACAGCAGACAGACUGUGAAAGGACCCCUGCUGCAGAGAAGAGUGCCCACACAAGCCAGACGAUCUGUUCAGCCACCGGCUUAUAUGUCACGGGCAGCCACACAAUAUGCUCAGCCACUGCCUUUUGGAGGCUUAGGUUCACCGGUGUUGGGACGCAGUUCGAUGCCAUUGCAGGCCAGACGAUCUGUUCAGCCAAUGGCUUAUAUGUCGCCAGCCACACAAUAUGCUCAGCCACUGCAUUUUGGAGGCUUAGGUUCACCGGCGUUGGGAUGCAGUUCGAUGCCAAUGCAGGAUGUCUAUGUGUGUUCAGCCGCUCCUGACCCCCCAAAGGACCUGUUACUCCAGCUGGUUUCUCUCCAGAAGGCGUCAGGCUGCUGGGAGCUGGACGCCACACUGGCUGAUGUGUUUGGGAAGACGGAGGAUGAGCUGACCAAUCAGAAACCAGCACAGGUGGAUGGGUCAGUAUGGGCCACUCUCCUGGCUCUGAUCUGGUUAUACGGCUGUAAAAUAGAGCAGCAGGUCGAGUGGCAGUUUGUGGCCAUGAAGGCAGCGUCAUGGAUCGGCUCUCAGAAAGUGGGCGAUCUGUCUCAGUGUGUGUGUGUGGGUAAUGCCCUGCUCGGAUGUCAUGUGACCAAAGAGACUCUGGGAAUCUGAAGACGUCUGGGAAUCUUUAAAACUCUCAUGAUAAUGUUUUUGCUGUUUUGAAAUUGAAAAUAAUUUGAUUCAGAUUAAUCAUUAACCUUUUCUUGUUUUUUUUUUUGUUUGUUUUUUUGUGCAUCAGUGACUUACUAACGCUGUUGAACGAGUCCUCGAUCACUGAGGAUACUUUCACACAGCAACAGAAUCAUGUUUAUGUGCUAAAAAUGAUUAUGUUCAAACACCAACGUGAAUGUUGAACAAGAGCAGCAACAUAAUGAAAGACUACUAUUAAAGUACAAAAAUAUUUAAAUACUCUGUCACUCUUUUUCAAAAAACACCAUAAAAUAGUCUGUACAUCUUCUGAAGCCAUAUAAUACCUUACCAUGUUUGAAUCCCAUACCAUGAUAUCCCUUCAUUUCAACAUGUUUCAUUUAGAGAAAAUUAAAAUAGACUACAGCUGUAGUUGACAUAAUCAGGACUAAUCAAUAAUGUGAAAUAUUUUACUUCUUUGUCUUGCCAUCUAUUAAAGGUUUUACUAUAUAAACAGAUUUAAAGGAAUACAACUAUGUUAUCAUGUUCCCUCCAUUCCUCAAUGGUCCAUGAGUGAGCAGCAUCUGGUGGUUCCUUCAGAAUGAGAUUUGCUUUUACUGGCUUGAUGGACACCACGAAGCUCUGACACCAGGGACAAGGAACUCCAGCUGUGGCAGGAACCUCUGAGACAUGGGACCUGGUCUCCCAUCUCUAGGACCAUGCAGCCAUGAUGGGAACCCCUGGUCCUGGAUGGACACGGCAUGGAGCUUGGAGACCAA